CGGCUGCUCGGCUCGGCGCUCGGCUUGGUCCCGCGGCCGCUGCGGCGCCGGGCAUUUCUCCGCAGCUCGGCUCGCGGCCGCGCCCGCCGCCGCCCGGCCCCGGUGCCCAUGCAGGCCAUCAAGUGCGUGGUGGUCGGCGACGGCGCCGUGGGGAAGACUUGUCUGCUGAUCAGCUAUACUACCAACGCCUUCCCCGGGGAAUACAUCCCCACCGUCUUUGACAACUACUCAGCCAACGUGAUGGUGGACGGGAAGCCCGUCAACCUGGGGCUCUGGGACACAGCGGGCCAGGAGGACUAUGACCGACUGCGACCACUCUCCUACCCUCAGACCGAUGUCUUUCUGAUCUGUUUCUCUCUGGUGAGCCCAGCCUCCUUUGAGAACGUCCGUGCCAAGUGGUACCCAGAGGUGCGCCAUCACUGCCCCCACACGCCCAUCCUCUUGGUGGGCACCAAGCUGGACCUCCGGGACGACAAGGACACCAUUGAGCGACUGCGGGACAAGAAAUUAGCACCCAUUACCUACCCUCAGGGCCUGGCCAUGGCGAGGGAGAUAGGUUCUGUCAAGUAUCUCGAGUGCUCAGCGCUGACCCAGCGGGGCCUGAAGACGGUGUUCGAUGAAGCCAUCCGGGCUGUGCUCUGCCCACCCCCAGUGAAGAAACCAGGGAAGAAGUGUACCGUCUUCUAGA